CAACGGUUUCGCUGUCACUUGCCUUCACGGCGUGCGAAAACACGCACUGUCCAGCCAUGCAUGACGUGCUGAUUGUGGGUGGGGGCCUAUGUGGCUUAGUGGCCUUCCGACAGCUCAAGCACCUGGAUGUGCUCCUGCUGGAAGCGCGGCCCCGGCUGGGUGGCCGGAUUUGGACUGUGCAAGACGAGGGCGCAGGCCACUAUGAUCUGGGCCCCGCAUGGUUUUGGCCACCGCACCAGGAGGUCUUCCAACUGGCAGAGGAAUUGAAGAUCCCUUACUUCGAACAAUACGAGGAUGGGGCUGCACUCUACGAGCGUUCGGGAAAAGUGCGGAAGAUUGCCAAUCCGCAGGCCGACAGUGUCAGCUAUCGUCUACACGGAGGGACUGGUGCGCUGAUUCGUGCCUUGCAAGAGCAACUGCCAACAGAGAAAAUCCUUCUCGGACGCGAGGUGCUGAAGAUCGAAGAGAAGGAUGGAGGAGUGGAAGUAAGUGCAGCUGUCGCUGGCGAGGACCAAUCGACGAGGCUCUAUGCCAAACGCGUCCUGGUGACCCUGCCUCCACGGCUGGCAGCACGUGUGCACUAUUCGCCUCAGUUGCCCAGCAGUGUCCUCGAGGUCAUGCACCGGACGCCGACCUGGAUGGGAAAUGCCAUGAAGGUGGUGGUGGGCUAUGAUCUGCCCCCCAGCAGCGUCCCAUUCUGGCGCCAGAAGCAACUGGCUGGCUACGCCAUCAGUGAACGAGGGCCAUGCCAGCAGAUCCACGAUCAUUGCAGUGGUGAAGGUGUGUCGAUGAGGAGACAUGCGCUCUUCGGUUGGGUGGAUGAAGAUGACCCGGUGAAGAGCUUAUCCAAGGAGGAGCGCCGCCUUCGCGUCUUGGAGCAGUUGGCCCAGCUCUUCGGGGAGGCCGACGAUCCGAACCGCCCGACGCCAAGGAGAAGGUGUCUUUUUAUCAGGAGCAGGACUGGAAGGCGGACCCUUACACGCAUCAUCCGGCUGAACCCGAGGAGCGGCUCCGGCACCACCCGCGCUACGGCGACGCGGCGCUCGCGGCGCCCGCGCUGAACGGGAAGCUCUUCUUCGGAGGGACGGAGACCGCGCGGCGGCACGGAGGCUUUCUGGCGGGUGCAAUUGCUAGUGGCUUGGAGGUGGCCAGUCGAGUGCUGGCAACACUGCCUGAACAGACCAAGUCUGUGACGCUCUGAAGGUUCUGUUGUUUUUUCCCGCCGCUUGGUGGCCCAGGCCAAGGUAGGACUGUAGGACUUCGGGGUUCUUUUUGACAAGGUGGCCAACCAAUUCGGAAGGUCCAAUCGGGCUGAAGCGUAGAAGGUAGAGGCUUCAGCCCGAAUCAUCCUGAUCAGUGCUUUUCCGCGCAGAGAUUCCAAGGAUAAACUCAAGUCACUGCGGAGUUGAUGCAAGUUUGACGCGCUCACACCAGUGCUCGGCUUCCCUGAAUGGGGCUGAACUGCUUGGUACGAGCUUUUCCGCGGCAAGCAA